UUCGCUGCUCAAAGUAAAUCAGUGGAAAUAUUCAAAAAUAAAUACAACAGCUGUUUACGUACCAUGCGUGGUGAGGUCAGCCCUCCGCAGCCGCCGUGCGUCGUGACGUAAUGCUUUUGACGUUAACUAAAAAAGGGUCGGUUACCGGGAGGAAGAGGGCGAGCGUCCUGCACGAGGACAGGUGAAUCACCAUGACGACAGAGCCAGGUGAGCCACAGGAGGCCAAAGAGGAGGCGGAGUCUUUCCCUGAAGCCGCCGCCCAUUCUACGCCAAAACAGAGCCAAGCUCAAAGCUCAUUGGCCGAGGACUCGACGAGUCACCUAUCGUCAAGCAGUCGCAUUGCCCGCUCACCUGCUCGAACGCUGAGCUUCAGGACGAUGCAAACCAAGGUCACGCUGUUAGAUGGGUCCAUGUUCACCUGCACCGUGGAGAAGCGCAGCCGCGGUGCUCAGCUGUUCGAUCAGGUGUGUGAACAUGUGAACCUACUGGAGAGAGACUAUUUCAGUCUGAGCUACAGAGACGCAGACAACAACAAGAACUGGUUGGACCCGGCUAAGGAGAUGAAGAAGCAGGUCAGAGGUGUUCCCUGGAACUUCAGCUUUAACGUGAAAUUUUACCCAGCUGACCCCGCCCAGCUGUCUGAAGACAUCACCAGGUACUUCCUGUGUCUCCAGCUCAGACAGGAUAUAGUUUCUGGUCGUCUCCCGUGUUCAUUCGCAACUCAUACCGUCCUAGGAUCCUACACUGUCCAAUCAGAGCUCGGGGACUAUGAUCCGGAGGAGUGUGGUUCAGAUUACCUUAGUCAGCUCUGCUUUGCUCCGACUCAGACCAAAGAGAUGGAGGAUAAGAUCAUGGAGCUGCACAGAUCCUACAGAGGAAUGAGUCCGGCUGAAGCAGAGAUGCAUUUCCUGGACAACGUAAAGAAACUCUCCAUGUAUGGAGUCGACCUUCAUCAUGCCAGGAUGGUAGGAAGUCGCGUUGACUGUUUGCCUUCAGCUAAGUCAGAGGACUCAGAGGGCGUGGCCAUCAUGCUGGGUGUCUGCAGUAGUGGUCUGCUGGUCUACAGAGACCGACUGAGGAUCAACAGGUUCUCCUGGCCCAAGAUCCUGAAGAUCUCCUACAAGAGGAACAAUUUCUACAUCAAGAUCCGCCCCGGGGAGUUUGACCAGUUUGAGUCCACCAUUGGUUUCAAGCUGCUGAACCACAGAGCGGCUAAGAGACUGUGGAAGGUGUGUGUGGAGCAUCACUGCUUCUUCAGGCUGCUGUCUCCAGAGGAAACCCCAAAGAAGUUCCUGUCUCUGGGCUCUAAGUUCCGGUACAGCGGUCGGACUCAGAUCCAAAGCCGCAGAGCCAGCGCUCAGAUCUCUAGACCGGCCCCCAACUUCCCACGAUGCAUCAGCAAGAGGAACAUCCUGAGCCGCAGUCUUGACGGAGCUCCGAGGGCCACUCCCACCUCCUCUCUGAUUGGCUCCCCAGCCAUAACAUCGUCCCCCAAAGCCAAUGGUGGUACACACACAGACAUGGGCGCAGGGCUUUACGGAGCAUCGAAGGCCAUUGCCGUCAGUGACCUCAUCACCACUGUAACGCCCGAGAGGACGGUGGAUGAGAAGAGGGCGGAGCAAAGUACAGAAAGAACCAAUCAGAAGAGACGCUCCAGACCAGCUGAGGAGGUGCAGGUGCUGGAGGUGGUGGAGGUGAUGGAGGUGAUGGAGGAUAAAGAGGAAGAGACAGUAGAGGUUUCAUUACAGAGUCCUCCAACUGCUCAGAAACAAGACACCAAGAAUGAGCUGACUGACACAGCUUUGGACGGAGAGCUCACAGCCACCGAGUCUGAUCAGGAUGAGGAUUUGAGGACUCAGGAGACGUUGGGCAGUCCUGAGGAGGAGCAGAAGCCCUGUAGCAUCAGCGCUCUGAGGCGUUCCUUCCUAGAGGGGGGAGGCGUUGGGGGGGGGGUGACGGAGUGGGAGAAACGCCUGGCCUCCUCCCCCCUCCGGAGGCUAGACGACUCCCCCAUGAUCGAGCCCCUGGAGCCAGACCAGGAGGGCGGGGUCACAGCAGACCAAGCUCCUCCUCAUCCUCAGCCAAUCAGAGAAAAGAGCUAUACUUUGGGGCGGAGCUACGACACCUCGUCUGGGAGGGUCGUUACCAUGGUGACCACAGAGAGCAGCUGUGAUGAUGUCAUCGCAGGGCAACCGCUGAUCACAAUCUGCGAGGUGAUGACGCCGCCCUCGCCACCGCCCUGUGACAUCAUCGGUGAUGUCAACAGAUGGGGCGGAGCCUCUGCAAUCACACCUUUGUCCUCGCCUUUUAGCCCCUCCCCCUCCCCGGGUCACCUGACAGGAAGGUUGACCCCCCCUGCAAUCAGAGUGCCUAAACCUACAUAUGAUGAGAUGUCUCCGGAGCUGACGGCUUUGCUGAACUCAGCGAGAGAACAAACUACCUUCACCGAACACAACCUGCUGAAGACGUCAGAGAAGGAGGAGACUCUCUUCCUGAAGACCGAGCCAUCUGACCCUGACCGGCCAAUGACAGAGCAUUCCCAGGAAGUCCCUGUGAUGAGGAAGACUCUGACUUAUGAAGCUCCGGGGAGGGUGGACUCUGACCCUGCAGGUUUGCUGCUGAGCUCUCAGACGUUCACCACAGAGACCGCCAACACCACCACCACCACACACAUCACCAAGACGGUGAAAGGAGGAAUCUCAGAGACCCGGAUCGAGAAGCGGAUUGUGAUUUCCGGCGAUACGGAGAUCGACCACGACGAGGCUCUGGCGGCGGCGCUCAGUGAGGCGCGGCGGCAGCAUCCUGAACUGUCCGUCACUCGAGUCGUCGUCCACAAAGAGACUGAAGUUUCUCCUGAUCAUGUGACCGAAUAGUGGCAUCACAGGACUGAAGCUACAAGACUGCGGAAUCAUGGGAGCUGUAGUCAUGACUGUGGACACACACACACACACACACACACGAGAUGAUCGACCUCAGAUGAACUUUUACAUAUUAACUCCAGGCCCCACCCCCACAUGUAAAAUCAGACAUCUGAUUGGUUGGUUGACUCAGGUAAUUGCUCCGUAUUAAACUCCAGUCAUCCGUUGUUUAGGAGAUGUUGACCUGACAGAAACUCUUCUCACAGUCCCUGCAAUCUGAUGGUAAUAAUGUUAGCAUUAGCGUAGCAUCAUCUCUCUGCACACACACCAGCUUUAACUCGAUGAUAAACAGGAAGUAAAAUCGACUGAUGGUUAGUUGUUUAUAUUAUUGUUGACGUUAUGAUCUGUACAGCUCCAACAUUAGUAACUCCAAAGGAAGUGGCACUUUAUUCUGACAUCUGAUGCAAACUGUUUCCUGUAACAUAGCAUGUUUGCUAGCAUUGUAGCCGCUCACUGUAUAGCAGCUUAAACUCUGUAUUUACCCACAAUGCAAUAGUAAAGUGCCAUUCUUUAGUCUCACCAUUGAAACCCUGUUACGAGUUAUUUAUUCAGCGUGUUGUUUGUUUAUUAUUGAUCUGUGAUUGUAUGUGAUCCCAACCCAACACAACGAAAAGCUGAGCAUAAACUGUACGAUGUUUCGGAGGAAAUAAAAGAGUAGUUUUGGCUAGUGGCCAGCUGAGAAACAUCAAAA